UCUCUCCUGAGAACCACCGCGUAGGUCGGGCCCGCCUGGGAACAAACGAGGCCCCUGAGAGCUCCACCUAGUUCACAGGAUAAUAUCCCACAGCAGAACUUGGAGUCAGCAAUGGCUAAACCCCAGGUGGUUGUAGCUCCUGUGUUAAUGUCUAAACUGUCUGCGAAUGCUCCUGAAUUUUACCCAUCAGGUUAUUCUUCUAAUUAUACAGAAUCCUAUGAAGAUGGUUGUGAGGAUUAUCCUACUCUAUCAGAAUAUGUUCAGGAUUUUUUGAAUCAUCUUACAGAGCAGCCUGGCAGUUUUGAAACUGAAAUUGAACAGUUUGCAGAGACCCUGAAUGGCUGGGUUACAACAGAUGAUGCUUUGCAAGAACUUGUAGAACUCAUCUAUCAACAGGCCACAUCUAUCCCAAAUUUCUCUUACAUGGGAGCUCGCCUGUGUAAUUACCUGUCCCAUCAUCUGACAAUUAGCCCACAGAGCGGCAACUUUCGUCAGUUGCUGCUUCAAAGAUGUCGGACUGAAUAUGAAGUUAAAGAUCAAGCUGCAAAAGGUGACGAAGUGACUCGGAAACGAUUCCACGCAUUUGUUCUCUUCCUGGGGGAGCUCUAUCUUAACCUGGAGAUCAAGGGAACAAAUGGACAGGUUACAAGAGCAGAUAUUCUUCAGGUUGGUCUUCGGGAGUUGCUGAAUGCUCUCUUUUCUAAUCCUAUGGAUGACAACUUAAUUUGUGCAGUAAAAUUACUGAAGUUGACAGGGUCAGUUUUGGAAGAUGCCUGGAAGGAGAAAGGAAAGACUGAUAUGGAAGAAAUCAUUCAGAGAAUUGAGAAUGUUGUCCUAGAUGCAAAUUGCAGCAGAGAUGGGAAACAGAUGCUCUUGAAGCUUGUUGCUCUCCGGUCAAGUAACUGGGGUAGAGUCCACGCAACUUCAACGUACAGAGAAGCAACACCUGAAAAUGACCCUAAUUAUUUUAUGAAUGAACCAACAUUUUAUACCUCUGAUGGUGUUCCUUUCACUACGGCCGACCCAGAUUACCAAGAGAAAUAUCAAGAGUUACUUGAAAGAGAAGACUUUUUUCCAGAUUAUGAAGAAAAUGGGACAGAUUUAUCAGGGGCUGGUGAUCCAUACUUGGAUGAUAUUGAUGAUGAGAUGGACCCAGAGAUAGAAGAAGCUUAUGAAAAGUUUUGUUUGGAAUCAGAGCGUAAGCGAAAACAGUAAAGCUAAAUUUCAACAUAACAGUUUUAUAAAGCAGUUUAGGUUAUGGUGAUUUAGCAGAACACAGGAAAACAGGAAAAUGUGUCACACUUAUACCAAAUUAAGGAUGUUGAGUUAUGUUACUAA